UUUAUCCGCUUGAAUCCCAAAGCUUGGGCGCCCGUCGUUUCCGCUUGGUCGAUCGAUUUAAUGGGGCAAUUAAGCAGUAAGUACGCGGGGAGGCACGGCGUCCCUCACGCUUCCAACCUUAACGAGCUUUUACAGCUCUGGAUGUCCUGCAAAGCCACCCGCACCCUGAUGGAGAUUUACACCCAGUGUCUCUCCGCCAUGAUCGGGGGUUGCCCCGACGCCUGCGUCGACGCUUUGUUGGACACCUCGGUCCAACAUUCGCCUCAUUUCGACUGGGUGGUGGCUCACAUCGGUUCUUCUUUUCCCAACACCAUCAUCAACCGCGUCCUUUCUUGGGUUCCCAAGAGCGCGUCGCUGGUUGGGAUCCUCGGGCAUUUGGCUUCGCGGCAUUCCGGCAGCAUCAAACAAGAAUUACUCCGGAUGUUUCACGAAAGUUUAACUCCUACCAGAGAUCAACAUCAAAAAGCCGCCGUCCCUUUCCUCCUCCAACUGGCCGUCAUGUCCCCGCCGUUACUGGGCACCAUUUCCUCCGAACUGGUGGAUUCCCUCAAACCCACCGUCCUCAACCAGCUCCACCAACACUUCGUUUCUCUUCCCCGCGAAGAUCUGGAGAACAUGGUCAGCAUCGUCGUCCACCUCGUUUGUCAAACCUCCGCCGGCGCUUACCGAAUCCUUCAAUUUUUGGUGAAUACGGCGAUGCCGGCGUCCGUCAUCACCCCCCCGGGGCUGACGCUUCACGACGGGGUGCGCGAAGCCUGCGACCGCGUCAUCCAACUCCUCCUCCUCAACCUGCAAAAAUUAGUUUAUAACCGCGGGAGCCCCAAUUUAACCGAUUCCCCUCCUCGUCCCGUCCCUUUUUUAGACGCUCUCAAAUCUCACGUCCGGGAUUUGUGCGUGGAGACUUUACGCUUGGAACGCAAACGUUUUCUUUGGCAGCAUCAACUUUUGGCGCUUUUGGCCGUUUAUUCGGCCCCUCACUGCGCCACCGACGCCCUCUUCUUCCUCCUGACGCUUGCCCGCACCCAGGAGGAGCUGGCUUUGGCCACCCAACUCUACGCCGUCCUCAGCUCCUGCCUGAUCGACCUCCUCCCCGCCACCGUCAAAACUUGCGUUUGCCAAAUCCACGCCGGAAGAUUACCGGAACCUCAAAUAACUCAACUUUUUCGUAAUUUGGCUUUGGUGGUUCAGUGGGAGGGCGGAGAAGGGGGUCCGGCGGCCAUGGGGGUCCAGCUCGGCGGCGUUCUGGCGCGUCACCUCCACGAUUUCGCUCAGCUUCUCCUUCACCGCGAUCCCGAGGUGGCGGAAGCCGCCUGUUUGCAAAAAUCCGACGGGGAAGAAACCGGCCGGGAGGAAACGGGUGACGUUUCCUUGUUGGAAAUCAACCGACGUUUUACCGCCGCCGUUCAUUUUUCCGGAGGGGUUUGGUCGGUUUUUCACGCCGGGGUGAUCGGUCGGGGGUUGAAAACGCCGACGGGGACGGACGAACGGACGCCGGAGGAGCUGACGCGUAACACCCAAACCUUCCUCAGCCUCUUGCUUCGCUGUUCGUCUCGGGAAAGCCGGACGGUGGGAUCGCCCUGGCACCUCCAGGCCUCCUGCUCGCUGGUGGCCUGCAUGGCCGAGGGCUCCUUGUUACCCCCCGUUUUGGGGAACAUGCACGAGAUUUUCCAUCAGCUGGCGCCUUUCGAGGUUCACCUCCUCCUCCUCAGCGUUUGGGAUUAUUUACGGGAUAACAGCCCCCUGCCUCAAAAAUUUACUUUUCAAGCCGAACGAGGGGUUUUUCAACGGGAUUUUUCUCGGGAUGGGGAUGUGGGGAAGCACCUG